ACAGGUUAUGGCGGAAGUGAGACAAAAUUGGCUAGUUGAUAAGCUAAAACCGGGGGUGUUGGGUAGCGGAAGUAUAGUAUACAAUAAUGUUGUUUGGUACUAAAAUGCUGGUAUUUAGUUCGUAGUGAAUACACCCUAUAACAGCACUACCUAUCGUCUGUUUUCAAAUCACGACUAGGUUGUGAACAACCAAGCAAAACCAGUAGCUAGCAAGCUAUCUGAGUAGUUAGCUAGGCUAGUUAGUGCUAACGCUAUCUCAAAACAGGGUUGGAUUUGACCAGUAGAUUUAACAAUCGCUAACGUUGAUUUGUUUGGUAGAGUUGAGGCAAAAUGUCGAUUCAGUACGAGGAGCCUGCAUUGGCUCGGAGUUAUGGUGUUGUGGACUCUUUCCCAAAGGAUUUUGGCUACGGAGUGGAGGAACCAGAUAUCGAGGAGGAGAGCACGACGUCAGGUGACAGUAAACCAAGGAUCCUGCUGAUGGGAUUGCGGAGAAGUGGAAAGUCAUCUAUUCAAAAGGUUGUAUUCCACAAGAUGUCGCCCAACGAGACACUGUUCUUGGAGAGCACCAACAAAAUCUACAAGGAUGACAUCUCCAGCAGCUCUUUCGUCAAUUUUCAAAUCUGGGACUUCCCUGGUCAGGUGGACUUCUUUGACCCUACCUUCGACUAUGAGAUGAUCUUCAGGGGCACGGGGGCUUUGAUAUUCGUCAUUGAUGCUCAGGAUGAUUAUGUUGAAGCCUUGGGGAGGCUACAUCUCACAGUGUCCCGAGCCUACAGGGUCAACCCAGAGAUCAACUUUGAGGUGUUUAUCCAUAAGGUUGAUGGCCUGUCAGACGACCACAAGAUAGAAACCCAAAGAGACGUCCAUCAGAGAGCCAACGAUGACCUGGCAGAUGCCAGCCUGGAGAAGCUUCAUCUCAGCUUUUAUUUGACCAGCAUCUAUGACCACUCUAUAUUUGAGGCUUUCAGUAAAGUUGUCCAGAAGCUCAUUCCUCAGCUACCAACAUUGGAAAACCUUGUGAACAUUUUCAUAUCAAACUCUGGGAUUGAGAAAGCCUUCCUGUUUGACGUGGUCAGUAAGAUUUACAUCGCCACCGACAGCUCCCCUGUGGACAUGCAGUCAUACGAGCUUUGUUGUGACAUGAUCGAUGUUGUCAUUGACGUCUCUUGUAUCUAUGGCCUGAGGGAAGAUGGAAAUGGCAGUGCAUAUGAUAAGGAGUCUUUGGCCAUCAUUAAGCUCAACAAUACCACCAUACUCUACCUGAAAGAGGUCACCAAGUUCCUAGCCCUCGUUUGCAUCCUUAGAGAGGAGAGCUUUGAAAAGAAAGGUUUAAUAGACUAUAACUUCCAUUGUUUCCGCAAAGCCAUCCAGGAGGUGUUUGAAGUGGGGUCCUUGACACAGAGGACAGGCAGACUACAGCCAAGCUCGUCCAACAACAGCUUGUCCAGCGUAAAACUUGGUGUAUUAAACGGAAGUGCUGUUUAGAGGAAUGUAAGAAAAGCAAAGAGGUUUGGAAUGCCUUAGCCACUGAGAAUGGACAAGUAGUAAUUGUGUAUUUUACUUGGAAGGCUAUGAACGAUCAAAGGUGACACAGGGAAAAAGCAGGAAAAACCUUGAAAAAUAACACUUGGGAUGGGGGGGAUGCUGUUCUGUGCAAGGAUUGAAAAGGGUAAAAAAAACGCUGCAAUGGACUAAACACUGAACAGAGUUGAAGCCAGCAAGCACAUCUAUUUUAAGCACCUCAAUGUUUUUGGGUUGCGUCUAACCACUUAUUUGACAAUAAUGAUUAUUUUUGCUACAAACAGUUUUACGAGUAUCGAGAUGACAAUGUCGUCAUUGUGGUCUUCCUCAGCACAAGUCAUUUAAACAGGGCACUAUCUGUGUUUUCCCACUCUUAUUUCAGACAAGGUUCAACAGGAAGCAAUGUUGGAAAACAAAUUAAUUAGGAAGCCUGCAUUGAAACAGUAAAUAUCACUACCGUUCAAAAGUUUGGGGUCACUUAGAAAUKGAACUUUCCUUGUUUUUGAAAGAAAAGCACUUUUUU